AUAUAUAUAUAUAUAUAUAUUUUUUUUUUGUAGCCAAAGACAAGGGUUUAGAUUUCUUUGUUUAUUAGCUUUGCUCAAAGCUCAACAGGUUGUGUUUCUAAUGGAUAAUCUGCUGGGUCUUCUUCGAGUUCGUGUACGGAAAGGCAUUAAUCUUGCUGUGCGUGACACCAUUAGCAGCGACCCUUAUGUUGUUCUCACCAUGGGUCAACAGAAAUUGAAGACUCGUGUGGUGAAAAAUAACUGCAAUCCCGAGUGGAACGAUGAAUUGACUCUUUCUAUUACUGAUGUUAAUGUUCCUAUCACUCUUACAGUUUACGACAGAGACACAUUAACUGUAGAUGACAAAAUGGGUGAUGCUGAGAUAGACAUUAAACCAUAUACUGAGAGUCUGAAAAUGGGCUCGGAGAACCUCCCAAAUGGUUGUGUAGUAAAGAGAGUUCAGCCGAGCAAGACAAACUGUCUUUCGGAUGAGAGUUGCUGCGUUUGGAACAAUGGAAAAAUUGUCCAGGACAUGUGUCUCAGGUUGAGAAAUGUUGAGUGUGGGGAAGUGGUGCUCCAAAUUGAGUGGAUUGAUCUUCCAGGUCGUAAAGCUUUCUCCAAUGAGAGCUAAAUGUUACUGCUGCAUUAUAGGUCUCAAGCUCUUUUACAGUGGGGGUUGAAAUGAGUUUAAUGUAUGAUUACUUUUUAUCGGAUAAACGAAAACUAGCUUGCAGUAUUAGUGUAUUAUGUAUAUGCUCCCCCUGUGGUGUUUUGAUGCAUACAACUUGGUAUGUUUACAGUAUUGCUUCUAAUCUUGUGACAAGAACUGCAUACAAUUCUUGUUAUCUAACAAUUAAUGAGCAACUUUCUCAAUCUGCAAACAUACACGUUUUUAA